AUGGUUCGAGAGAAAGUAACAGUAUCUACUCGGACACUACAGUGGAAGUGUGUUGAAUCGAGAACAGACAGUAAACGCCUUUAUUAUGGUCGAUUUAUUCUGGCUCCACUUAUGAAAGGACAAGCCGACACAAUAGGCAUUGCGAUGCGAAGAGCUUUGCUUGGAGAAAUAGAAGGAACAUGUAUCACACGUGUAAAAUCCGAGAAUGUCUCCCACGAAUAUUCUACUGUAACGGGUAUUCAAGAAUCGGCCCACGAAAUUCUAAUGAAUUUGAAGGAAAUUGUAUUGAGAAGUAAUCUAUAUGGAACUUGUGACGCGUCUAUUUGUGUUAGGGGUCCUGGAUAUGUAACUGCUCAAGAUAUCAUCUUACCACCUUAUGUAGAAAUUGUCGACAAUACACAACAUAUAGCUAGAUUGACAGAACCAAUUAAUUUGCAUAUUGGAUUAGAAAUUGAGAGAAAUCGCGGAUAUCUUAUAAAGAUGACACAUAACUUUCAAGAUGGAAGUUAUCCUAUAGAUGCUGUAUUCAUGCCUGUUCGAAAUGUGAAUCAUAGUAUUCAUUCCUAUGGAAAUGGGAAUGAAAAACAAGAGAUACUGUUUCUCGAAAUAUGGACAAAUGGCAGUUUAACUCCGAAAGAAGCACUUCAUGAAGGCUCCCGGAAUUUGAUUGAUUUAUUUAUUCCCUUUUUAUAUAAGGACGAAGAAAACUUACCUUUAGAGCACAAUCAACAUAUGGUUCCUUUAUCCCCCUUUACUUUUCACGAUAAAUUGAAUAAAGUCCAAAAAAACAAAAUAGCAUUAAAAUCCAUUUUUAUUGAUCAAUCCGAAUUGUCUCCUAGAGUUUAUAAUUGCCUUAUAAAGUGCAAUAUAUAUACAUUAUUGGACCUUAUGAAUAAGAGUCAAGAAGAUCUUAUGAAAAUUGAGCAUUUUCGCCUAGGAGAUGUAAAAGAGAUAUUGGGCAUUCUAGAAAAAAAUUUCGCAAUUUUUUUACCAAAAACGAAAUUUUAA